CAGGCUCUGGCCCUUUUAUGAUUGCUCACUUUGGACGCCGAUCACACCCACACGGACCAUCGCUGUUGCCAACUGCCGUAAAGGAAGAAGAAGAAGAAGAAUGGCGACCAUGACAGCUGAAGAUUUUCAAGGGAUUCUCAGACAGGACAUGAUUUACAGGCUGCUAGCAAAAUUAGAGUCAGCUCUUUCAGGAACACCUCUUGACUUGGACUUCCUAAGAUUUACAUGUCGGCAAGAGUUGUACCUCUGGGAUGCACUGUCAAGGCAUGUAACUGUCCCCCCAGAAAUUGUGCAGGCCUUGCACGAGUUACACAGGCUGGUGAUGGACCACAUUGAAUAUGCUGAUGUUACUGAAACUGUUGAAACUGUAGCUGGAGAUAGGGGGCGUCCCAGGUACAUUAUAGAGCGAGAGAGAUUGGCUGAACUUUUGGAGAUGAAUCUGUCUGUGGACUGCAUUGCUAAAUUACUGGGCAUUUCAGCCAGCACAGUCAGUCGACGGAUGAGGGAGUUUGACCUCUCCAUCAGACAGCACUACAGCAAUGCUACUGACCAGGAGCUGGAUGAAGUAGUCCAAAACGUAAAAAAUGAAAUGCCAAGAGCAGGCUAUCGGAUCGUGAAAGGGAGGCUGAAGUCCCUGGGAAUCCACGUCCAGUGGAGAAGACUGAUUGCAUCCAUGCAUCGUGUGGAUUCGCUUGGGAUCCUUUCCCGACUGACAGGACUGGGCUGCAUUGUGCGGAGAGUGUAUUCUGUCAGGGGUCCCCUUUCACUUUGGUACAACAUUGUACUUUUUGGUGCAGUGGAUGGCUUCUCCAGGAAGGUGAUGUGCUUGAAUGCUGCAACAAACAAUCGUGCAAAAACAGGAUUUGCUGCUUUCAAAAAAGCAACCGAGACACAUGGCAUACCAUCAAGGGUCAGAGGUGAUCAGGGAGUGGAGAACACUGAAAUAACCCGAUACAUGUUCAACGUCCGCGGAGUUGAUCGAGGAAGCUUCAUGUCAGGGAAAAGCGUCCAUAAUCAAAGGAUAUUCAAGAGCCAGACGUUGACUGGGAUGCUGCAGCUGAUUAUGGAGAGGGUGUGGAUGGUGUGCUAGUCGUCCCCGAAUUUGACUGUCCACUUAAUGAACAGUAGCUAUCAGAGGUUCAGAUGCUGAUUAAACAAAAUGUGGACACUGACACUGGGAACCUUUACCUCCUAUGUCGUCAGUAUGUAUAUGCUGCUUUGUCAGGAGUUUGAUUUUUUGUUUACAUGAAAUGGC